AUGGGCUAAAGUGUAGAGUGCAAGCUUUUAUGUCAUUGGAUCAUCUAUCUCAUAUUCUUUAUCCAAUGUUUCUUUAAAAGUUUAGGCAUUGGACUUAUUGAAAAAAUUGCAAAAGUCUUCAAAGAAUAAUUCCUCUGGCAAAUGAGAAUGAAAAUUAGCAUAUGCAUAGUAAAGAAACUAGGUUGGAAAUUUUCUGCUGUUCAAAAGUAAAGUAGAUUUUUUUAAUUCAAGAUAUCUAGAUACCCCUAAUUUGGUAAGUGGAGGCGCAUGAAGCUUCUUAAGACGUUCAGAGAGCAAAAAUAAAUGAAGUGA